GAAGUGACAGAGCCUGUGGCAUUUGUGAAUAAAUGAGGAUAACGUCGCUGGUUUGACAUUGACAAGAUACCAAAAAUCGCUGUAAGGACAUUUGGCCUUUGUUUAUUGUGAGCCGUUAGAAGCUCUGAAGGAAGUUCAUGAAAAGGAAGAUCAUCUGAGGUCUGAACAGGCCAUUUUUGCUUAUUUUUGAGUCAUCUUUUUUUUCAAUUCCGGUGUAUAGCAGUAAUUGGGUUGCUUGAAGAAGAUUUUUCAUGUUCUCUAGCUGUCUCCAAGAAUGCUCAGUAGAGAUCCACAAAGUGGCUCUGUGUGUUUUCCAUCCAGAAGGUGAUCAACAACGGCCUACACAGAAUUUGUGCGCGCAGUAGAGUUGCACCAUCUAAUGAGACACUGACAUCCUGCUGUCUCUUGACCUGAGGUCAAAGCACCUGGAGGAUUGACGCCUGUAAUUUUACUCCCUCCUUUAUUCAGUUGGAACACGGAAAAAAUAAAAUCUUCCGACUCCUAAUGUGCAUUCAGCAGCCUGGUGCCCACAUGUGGUCAGAGACAGCUCUGACUUGGUGGCAGCGUGCACAUCUGCUAUGUUUUCUCAUUUAAAUCUACACGUGCACCCAGUGGCACACACUCCACCCUCCAGACAGCCUGAUCCUGUGUGGUGGCUGUCCAGGUGGCACUUAUUAUUUUAACACCUCAAGGAUGAGGCAGAAGAUGAAGGACAAGGGAAAAUCCAAGGGGAGGACCCCUGAAGAUGAUGAAGAGGAGCGGAGGCGCAGGGAGAGGGAGGACCAGAUGUACCGUGAGCGGCUGCGCACCUUGUUCGUCAUCGCCGUUGUCAUGAGCCUUCUGAAUGCGCUCAGCACCAGCGGGGGCAACAUUUCCUGGAACGACUUUGUGCACGAGAUGCUGGCCAAGGGUGAGGUGCAGCGGGUCCAGGUGGUGCCCGAGAGCGAGGUGGUGGAGGUGUACCUGCACCCUGGAGCCGUGGUGUUCGGGCGGCCUCGGCUGGCCUUGAUGUACCGAAUGCAGGUGGCAAAUAUUGACAAAUUUGAAGAGAAGCUUCGAGCUGCUGAAGAUGAGCUGAAUAUUGAAGGCAAGGACAGGAUCCCGGUUUCCUAUAAGCGGACGGGAUUCUUUGGAAAUGCCCUCUACGCCUUGGGGAUGACAGCAGUGGGCCUGGCCAUCCUGUGGUAUGUUUUCCGUUUGGCUGGAAUGACGGGAAGAGAAGGAGGAUUCAGUGCUUUCAAUCAGCUUAAAAUGGCUCGUUUCACGAUUGUGGACGGCAAGACGGGGAAGGGAGUCAGCUUUAAAGACGUCGCAGGGAUGCACGAAGCCAAACUGGAAGUCAAGGAGUUUGUGGAUUAUCUGAAGAGCCCAGAGCGCUUCCUUCAGCUCGGUGCCAAAGUCCCAAAGGGUGCGCUGUUGCUCGGACCCCCUGGCUGUGGGAAGACACUGCUGGCCAAGGCGGUGGCCACAGAGGCCCAGGUGCCCUUCUUGGCGAUGGCCGGCCCGGAGUUCGUGGAGGUCAUUGGAGGCCUCGGCGCUGCCCGCGUGCGGAGCCUCUUCAAGGAAGCCCGCUCCCGGGCCCCCUGCAUCGUGUAUAUUGAUGAGAUUGAUGCCGUGGGCAAGAAGCGCUCCACCACCAUGUCCGGCUUCUCCAACACGGAGGAGGAGCAGACGCUCAACCAGCUUCUGGUGGAAAUGGAUGGAAUGGGCACGACUGACCAUGUCAUCGUCCUGGCGUCCACCAACCGAGCUGACAUUUUGGAUAAUGCUCUGCUGAGGCCAGGCCGGCUGGACAGACACGUCUUCAUUGACCUUCCCACGCUGCAGGAAAGGCGGGAGAUUUUCGAGCAGCACCUGAAGAGCCUGAAGCUGACCCAGGCCAGCAGCUUUUACUCACAGCGCCUGGCAGAGCUGACGCCGGGGUUCAGUGGUGCUGACAUCGCCAACAUCUGUAACGAGGCCGCACUGCACGCUGCACGGGAAGGGCACACGGCCGUCCACACCUUCAACUUCGAGUACGCUGUGGAGCGCGUCAUCGCUGGGACUGCCAAAAAAAGCAAGAUCCUCUCAAAGGAGGAACAGAAGGUGGUUGCAUUUCAUGAGUCAGGCCAUGCUCUGGUGGGCUGGCUGUUGGAGCACACCGAGGCUGUGAUGAAGGUGUCCAUUGCGCCGCGGACAAAUGCUGCACUGGGCUUUGCUCAGAUGCUCCCAAGAGACCAGCACCUGUUCACCAAGGAGCAGCUGUUUGAACGGAUGUGCAUGGCCCUGGGCGGCCGCGCGUCAGAGAACAUCUCCUUCAACAAGGUCACUUCUGGGGCGCAGGACGACCUGAGGAAGGUCACCCGCAUCGCCUACUCCAUGGUGAGGCAGUUUGGGAUGGCACCGAGCAUCGGGCCCGUCUCCUUCCCCGAGGCACAGGAGGGCCUCACGGGCAUCGGACGGCGCCCCUUCAGCCAGGGCCUCCAGCAGAUGAUGGACCACGAAGCAAAACUGCUGGUGGCUAAGGCCUACAGGCACACCGAGAAGGUGCUGCAGGACAACCUGGACAAGCUGCAGGCGCUGGCGAAUGCCCUGCUGGAAAAGGAAGUGAUAAACUAUGAGGACAUCGAGGCCCUCAUUGGCCCGCCGCCUCACGGACCCAAGAAGAUGAUCGCGCCUCAGAGGUGGAGCGACGCUGAGCGAGAGAAGCAAGAUGCCGGGGAGGAGGAGGCGCCUCAGCAGCCCCCGCUCCGAGGGGAAGAGCCAUCUUGGCCCAAAUAGUGGGAUCACCCUGACUGCCCGUGGGGCUGCGGCGUCUGCCAGGCCCAGAAAGCGAGCUCCUUACUGGCUCCUUCAAGUUCCCUUCGCCAGAGACUCGGCCUGCUCUGGUCUCUGCUGAGGGCUUCCGAGCUCUGUGUGCCCAUUUCCCCCCCCGGGAUUAGUAAAGUCUUCGAGAGAUGGAUGGUUCA